AUGAUACCAAAAAGAGAACCACGUAAACGUAGUGCUCACAUUCUCUUUGAAGAGCACGAGUGGUCCAGUGAGCAACGACCACUGUGGGUGGACAAUGUUACCCAUAUGAAAGUCAAGACACCGCUUCGGAUUGCUCCAGCGGACCGACUAGCGCGUCGCACGACGAUAAUCGAUGUUGCCAUUCCUCAUGACGAGAACCUCGUGAAAGCUGAGAAAGAUAAACAAUUGAAAUAUCUUGACUUAGCUCACGAGGUUGUUGACAUGUGGAGUGUGGACUCGGCUAUCAUUGUGCCGAUAGUUGUGUUGGCAAAUGGGUUAGUCCCCAAAAGCCUCGACAACCAACUUAAGAGGCUGACGUUAGGCGGAUGGAUCAAGGGCCUCAUACAGAAGGCAGUCCUCCUUGAAACGGCACGUAUUGUGAGGAGGUUCCUGUCUCUGGAGCCCUAA